AUGAAGGCCGACGACGCUCUCCCCCACGAAAUCGCUCUCGCCCUCGAGCAGACACCUGGGUACCUUCAAAUCGGGGAUUUGCACGACCACGAAGUCGUUCACCACCCGACUACCGCCGGCGCUCACGAACACCCCCCUUCCAGCCGCGAGCCUACGGUCAGGCCCCAUACGGUCGUCGUCGAACGCCACCUCCUCGAAGAUUCUCUCCUAGAAGAGAUGAACGAAAUAGAUCGCCGCCUCCUCCGUCAUGGAGGUCCCGGUCUCCUUACAGUGAUGGGAAACCGCGCGAUGCGUCACGCGGUCGGACCAGCCCGCGCCGUGCCCGCGACAUUUCUCCAGGGAAUCAAGAAGUUCGACCAGCCAGGCGAAGUACUCCCACCGUUCCCAAUAGCGAGAGGAAUGGUCGUGUAUUGUCUCCAAGAGCACCUGCACCCGUUCCCGUUCCCGCGCCCGUACCCGCCCCCCCAGCCGACUUCAAUUCGCCCGCAAAGUCCCUCUCAGCCUUAUCGUCGCGAGCAACGUACCGAUAUGAACAGUGGCCGCCCUUCGUCACGAUCUAGACAAGCAUCGCCUAAUCAUCCCCUCGCAAGCGAGUCGAAUACUACAUCAAGACGUUCAUCUCCCUUCAAUCACGCCGAGCGUGGUGGUCUGCCUCCUCUUCAAAGCCGCAGCCGCUCACCUGCACGCCAUUCUCCUCUCUACCGGUCUUCGGGUGCGGGCCCACCAGGACGGUCUCCUCGUCUAGACCAAGCCCAAGAAACGCCUGUGGUAAACCAUGCGAAAGGACCGGACAGUGUGGAACGUUUACCUAGAAAAGAGUCAUCCGAUCAAGGGCCCCAAGGAGUGCCUCGCUUAAACAGAAACAUUCCAACUCAGCCUCGAAACCUUGUUCUAAACCAAACCCCACCACUCGGACCAUCCAGAGGUCCUCCACCUCACAAUCGCGGGCCUCACAAUGCUCCCACCCUUGCAGCACCAACCCGACCCCGUCACGCAUCCGGUUCACGAGACGGUCCAUGGAUGGGAUCACCCUCGAUGGGCCCGCGUCGCCCAUCAUCCAUAAUGCCCUCGCACGGCGCUCCAUCCGGCCCUCGAGCAUCCUUUUCAUCUCCAGUUCCCGGAGGCCCGGGCUACCGGGGCCACCCAGGUUCUCGCCAGGGUAGUUCGGUAGGGACCUUAUCUCCUUUGACGCCAAAACCUCCCAAUUAUCUUGCCGGGCUGGGAUCGAUUGUCCCGGGGGGCAGAGCUUUACCUUCGGCGCUAGAUGUGACGACUGAAAGGCGACUUGCUCAACUCGAUGCAGAUAAAGAAAAGUUACUUGAGCAGAUGGCGGCGACACAGAAGCCUAGGAGAGCAGGCCUUCGCGAUUGGGAUCGAUUGGAUCGCGAAAGUUCAAUAUGUGCGUUGAAGAGUGAGCUGGCUGAAGGGCACCUCCAGCGCAUGGCAGAUGAAAGUAUUGGCGGAGGAGUGCUGUAUUGA